AUGUUACGGGAUCUAUUCGUUCAAUUGUUUCCCAAUUUUACUCCGGAAAUGCUAAUUUGUAAUCUUCAAAAUCUUAAACAACAAAUGAUCUCAGCACAAGUUAGACUACUUAUCCUGAAAGAAACAGACAUGGAGGAACGAUUUAUCGUCCUUACACGAAUAGCUGCAAUAGAAAGGGAAAUAGAACAGCAAUUAUUUUUCUACAUUGUUUCAUUGAGUUAUGAUGAAGUACCACAAUAUCGUAAUUGGAUAGAAAAGCAAGAUACGACUUAUGGACCGUUAUAUGCGAGAACAUUCAAACGAUGGCAAGAUGAACUGAACUGGAGACCUAGUCUGUUGUAUCCACCUUAUCUUCAGCAUCAAUCUCACCUCCCUUUAUUCCUGAGAUCUCCAUCACUUCAUACGACCAUGUUUUUCGAUAGUCUACAAAAUCAAGGUGGUGUAGAUUACAGGUCUUCAGAUGAAAAUGCAGUGAGAAAUUUCAAUAUGCCAUUCCUCCGUAAUCCACCAUCAAUAGUCCCUCCAAAUUUCAUGGAUUUCAAGCUACCAAUGCCCAUCAGUACAACUUCUACAACUUCCUGCUAA